UGUUAGCCAUCAAAUAACAACGAUAACACUUUUUCCGCAACAUCUACCGAGCAGUGUGUCGUCUUAACAUACAGUAACGCUGACCUACCGAGAUGGCUGACAACAGAGAUAAAGCUACGGAUCAAAUGAAGACAUGGAAGGAGAGCAGGGGCUCUCAGAGGACAGACACACUGACCACAGGUGCCGGCCAUCCUGUUGGAGACAAGCUGAACGUGCAGACUGCAGGACCCAGGGGCCCCCUGCUCGUCCAAGAUGUGGUCUUCACAGAUGAAAUGGCCCACUUUGACCGGGAACGAAUCCCAGAGAGAGUGGUGCAUGCCAAAGGGGGAGGAGCGUUUGGUUACUUUGAGGUGACUCACGACGUCACUCGAUACUGCAAGGCCAAGGUGUUCGAGCACGUCGGCAAGACGACACCUAUCGCUAUCCGCUUCUCCACUGUGGCUGGCGAAUCAGGAUCAGCCGACACAGUGCGAGACCCCCGAGGCUUUGCAGUCAAGUUUUACUCUGAGGAGGGCAACUGGGACCUGACGGGCAACAACACGCCCAUUUUCUUCAUCAGGGACGCCCUUCUGUUCCCGUCCUUCAUCCAUUCCCAGAAGCGCAAUCCCCAAACCCACAUGAAAGACCCCGACAUGGUGUGGGACUUCUGGAGCCUGAGGCCUGAGAGUCUGCAUCAGGUGUCUUUCCUGUUCAGCGAUCGAGGUUUGCCUGAUGGCUUCCGUCACAUGAACGGCUACGGCUCUCACACCUUCAAACUGCUCAAUGCUGAUGGACAGCCUGUCUACUGCAAGUUCCACUUCAAGACUGAUCAAGGAAUAAAGAAUAUGUCAGUAGAGGAGGCCGAACGCCUGGCUGCCAGCAACCCAGAUUAUGCCAUUGGAGACCUGUUCAACGCCAUUGCCAAUGGCAACCACCCAUCCUGGACCUUCUUCAUCCAGGUCAUGACCUUCGAGCAGGCUGAGAAGUUCCAGUUCAACCCCUUCGAUCUUACGAAGGUUUGGUCACAUAAAGAAUACCCUUUGAUCCCCGUGGGCAAAAUGGUGCUCAACAGGAAUGCAGUGAACUACUUUGCAGAGAUAGAGCAGCUGGCCUUUGACCCCAGCAACAUGCCCCCAGGCAUUGAGCCGAGCCCCGACAAGAUGCUGCAGGGUCGUCUCUUCUCCUACCCAGACACACAUCGACACCGGCUGGGAGCCAACUACCUGCAGAUCCCCGUCAACUGCCCCUUCCGGACCCGUGUGACCAACUACCAGCGUGAUGGCCCGAUGUGCAUGUUUGACAACCAAGGUGGAGCUCCAAACUACUACCCCAACAGCUUCAGUGCCCCAGAGACCCAGCCUCAGUUUGUGGAGUCCAAGUUCAAGGUGUCUCCAGAUGUGGCACGCUACAACAGUGCAGAUGAAGAUAAUGUCACACAGGUUCGUACCUUCUACACGCAGGUGCUGAACGAAGAGGAGCGCCAGAGACUUUGCCAGAACAUGGCGGGGGCCCUAAAGGGAGCCCAGCUCUUCAUCCAAAAACGCAUGGUCGAGAACUUGAAGGCUGUUCAUCCUGACUAUGGAAACCGCGUUCAGACCCUACUCGACAAGUGCCGUGCCGAGGCCCAGAAGAACACAACUGUGCACGUUUACAGCCGUCCAGGGGCCUCGGCCAUCGCUGCGUCCUCCAAGAUGUGAAGCCUUAAAUGUCCACCGGGGGGGGGCGCCCCCUCAUGUAUCUACUGAAAAUUUGCGUGAUUGCCAACUGCUACUAACAGUGACACGAUUGGACUUGACUAACGUACGAGCCUUGUAGUGUCAGCUUUGGGGUUAGUUCAUUUUUAAUCCAGUCAACAGUUGAUUUUCUCAAAGCUAGCAAUAUUCAGGAUGCUGCUGGUCUCUGAUAAAACCCUGUGAGGUUCAUUUGUCUUCAUUGAACGGCCACUUUGAGAGAAUUCACCACGAUUUGCUUUAUUAUUAUUUUUCUACAUUUUGGUUUGAUUGCAUUAAAUCAAUUAACCCCAAGUGCUGUAAAGUAAUACGACGAGUGAUGAUUGUUUCCAGUAAUUCCUCAGGUUUUAUGUUGUGAUUCUCCAACUCUUUUCUUUAGCUUAAGUUUAAAGAAAACACAUCCUGCUUUUCAAAAUGUAUUCUGUUUUCAGACUAAUUACUAUACUAUACUUUAUUUGAGUAGAAAUGGCAAUGGAAACACUUUGUCAGUGUAACUAUUACACUGUCUGUCUCCCUAUGGGCGUCUGCACAUCAGAUAUGCAAUUCACGAAGAGCAAGUUUCAAGAUGAGGAAUUAUUUCCUCUAAAUCAAUAGUGCCUUUUUGUGUUCUGGAACUACCAAAUACAGAUUAUGUUAACCUUAAACUGGAAGAAUAAGUUAUGACUUGCUGUUUUAUGUUGUAGUUUAACAUGUAUUCAUCUGUAGAAAGAUUUACUGUCAUUUAAUGUCAUGAGUAAGAUGAAAAAAUCUGACUCAUUUUUAGAGAAGAGUCUUAAUAUUUCAGAUUCACUUUUAGAGUUCAAGUUUAAAAUAUCAUGUACAAAACACCUUCAUCGUGAGAAAAGACCACAAAGAUCCCCGACAGGAUGCAAACAAUCAUUGGAUUGUCCAUGUAACCUGCUAUUGUUGGGAAUUUACUCUCAAAUGUUCAUCUUCUGGCACAACAGAUUUGUUGUUUAUAUUAUUGUUCAAGUUCUGAAACUCUUCCACAUGAGAUGUGCAUUACUGCCUGUAUUCAUGAAUUAACUUGUAAUCAAAGCCAAUCAGCAGCUUC